CAAGGCUCCGGCUCCGCCUCCAGGUUUCGGCCCGGUUUAUUUCCAAGCCUUGUUUCCGCUCAGGCCUAAAGUCCUUCUCUAAUUCGUAGUCCGCCUUCUUAAAAGGAGCCACACCUCCCUCCAACCUCUCGGGGGGUGGAGCUACCCCAAGUGCGGAGUUCGGGGCGUGGCCAGGGUUAGGGGGCGCCAGGGGCGGCUUCCGCGUCAAGAUGGUCGCCUCCUGCCGCGUCCGGACGUGGCUCCAGCCCCACCGGCGGUCCUGUCUUCCCGCCGCGGCCCCUCUGCUGUGUGUCUCCCUCUGUCUCCUGUGCUGCCCCCCAGCCUCUGUGGACGCCGUCCCCGAGCCCGGGCUCUGGGUAGCGACGGUGGACGACAAAUCUGGACCAUUGAUAUUUAGGAAAACUAUGUUUAACUCUACAGAGAUCAAGUUUUCUGUUAAGUCAUUCAGUUGUCCCGAGCCUGUGAAGUUUACCAUAGAAUGGCACUUGAAGUAUCAUAUCUGUCAGAAUGAAUAUCCUGACCUGGAAGAUCUGUCACGAAAACAUGACAUCCCGAUUGAUGGAGACUUCUGCAGCAGUUACUUCCAGGGCAUCGACUGCUGGACCACAAAAAAUGAAAACUUGGAAUGCGACCGUGACUCACAGGUGUUUCCCUCAUUAACUAAUAAAGAACUAAUGCCAACUACUAAGAAUAUUUCUAACCAAGAAGGAUCAAUGGAUGUUAUUGCCAGAACACAGAGGGAUGGGUUUCAUAUCUUUGUUGUUUCUAUUAAAACGGAAAAAACAGAUGUAAACUGGAACUUGAAUGUUUCUGUUUCUAUGAUGGGACCUCAUGGCUAUAUCUCUGCAUCCGAUUGGCCUCUAAUGAUUUUUUACAUGGUGAUGUGUAUUAUUUACAUUUUAUAUGGGAUACUCUGGCUGCUGUGGUCUGCCUGCUAUUGGAAAGAUACAUUAAGAAUUCAGUUCUGGAUCGCAGCUGUUAUUUUCCUGGGAAUGCUUGAGAAAGCAGUUUUCUAUUCGGAAUACCAAAACAUCAACAGCACCGGACUGUCAACUCAAGGUUUAUUAAUAUUUGCGGGGUUGAUAUCGGCGGUUAAAAGGACAUUGGCUCGUCUCCUCGUCAUCAUUGUGAGCUUGGGUUAUGGCAUCGUGAAGCCUCGCUUAGGGACAGUCAUGCACCGGGUGAUUGGACUGGGGCUUCUCUACUUUAUCUUUGCAGUGGUUGAAGGCGUGAUGCGAGUCAUUGGGGCGAAAGAUUCUGAUCUUGCCCUCCUAGCCAGCCUGCCCCUCUCUCUCCUUGACUCUGCCCUCUGCUGGUGGAUUUUCAUAAGUUUGGCACAAACGAUGAAGACUCUCCGGUUAAGAAAGAACACGGUGAAGUUUUCUUUAUACAGGCACUUCACAAAUAUUCUGAUCUUUGCUGUAGUGGUUUCUGUAGUGUUUAUGAUAUGGACAACGAAGACAUUUAGAAUUUCAAAAUGCAAAUCUGACUGGAUGGAACGCUGGGUUGAUGAUGCAUUUUGGAGCUUCCUUUUCUCACUUAUCCUUAUUGUAAUAAUGUUUUUGUGGAGACCGUCAGUGAAUAAUCAGAGAUAUGCCUUCAUGCCCUUAAUAGAUGAUUCUGAUGAUGAAAUUGAAGAAUUCAUGGUAACAUCUGAAAAUUUAACUGAAGGAAUAAAAUUAAGAGUCUCCAAAGCAGUUUCGAAUGGAACAGCGAGACCUGCCACUUCAGAUAAUUUUGAUGAAGAUUUGAAGUGGGUGGAAGAAAAUAUUCCUUCUUCGUUCACAGAUGUAGCUCUUCCAGUGUUAGUGGAUUCAGAUGAGGAAAUCAUGACCAGAUCUGAAAUGGCGGAAAAACUGUUCUCUUCAGAAAAGAUAAUGUGAUUGGGACGCACACGAGGGAAACCUGCAUGCUGUUGGACACCAUCUUUCCUGAAAACAGAGAGCUUUGCUUUCAUACGGCAUGACAAGCUCUCAGAGUACAGUCCGGAAAAUCUAUGUAUUACAAGGAAUCCGGGCACUAGGCGGGUCCUGCCAACCCUUUUAAAACUGACUUGUGGAUGUCAGUUUAAUAGCUGUUAAAUUAUCUGGAUUUGGAAGUCAUCUGAGAAAAGUAUUAUGAUAAAGAUACGUGCUGAUUCCUCGAUUUUCAACUAUCUUGUUAUCUGACAUUUGAUGUUUAUGAGCAUGUAAAAAAAUCUACUUUCCCCUAUCUUGCACAUUUUCGGUAUAACUUCUGGCAGUAGCGAGUGCUGAAGUGCAAGAUGAAACUGACUCUGAUGGUUAAGGUGAUGUGUCACUCAGCCCAGACCGCGAUUCUUAGUGGUUGGCCAGUUAUGUAGUGCUGAAUGAUUGAAUGACAACUCCUCUUGCACUUUGUAAUCUCAUAUACUUGCCCUCCACUUUUGCAAAAUGCCAAUUUUCACAUAAUGACCUGGAACCUAACCGUGUUGAUAAAGCGAGGAGUUGGUUCAUGCAUAAAUGCCCUUCACUGAUGGCUGACAGGCCUGUGGCUUGGGAAAAUAUGACAAUUACUGUUCUUCUGUAACCUUUGAGAUAAUGUGACCCUUCUAAAGUGUGGUAGAACAGUGUCUCCAUCUCCGGAGACAUACUGCUAGAUGCAGUAAUACUUUUCUUUGGCUUUUAUACUGAUUUGAUCCCAAGUAAAACUUGGUUAACAUCAGAACAUAAGCAUGCUUAUGUGUUCAGUUUUGCUUGUCUUCUGCACAAAGCCCUUGUUUGUAAAUAACACCAUGAACAGAGCAAAUCAUGGAGUUAAGCCUUCCCUGUCUGAGCUCAGGGAGACCCCCGGGUACCAUCUUCCCGGCAUAGAGAAGAGUCUGGAAGGUCAGUUCCAAAGAUCUCUGUCAUUGCUCCAUCUCAGGCUGUGUGUUCAUGUGCUGCUGCUCAAUUUGCCUUGGGCAGGUGUGGGACACCUGGCCAUAUGGCUCUCCGGAACACUUCUUCCCUGGCAAGACAAAAGACUCGUGAUCAGGGAACCUUGAGGGAGCUAGAACCUUAUCUUUUACACGAUCUGAUAUAUUAUGUUUCAUAAUAAAUAUAUGUAUAUAUAUUUAAAUGCACAGUUGAUUGCUGUUAAUCUUUCAGUUUCUUAACAUUCGAUCAUGUGUUCUUUAUUUUGUUAAGACAUAUAAUGUAUACUUAGAGAGUUUUGUUUUCAUAUCUUUUUUUAAAAUAGUUUUCUAAACUUGAAAAGGACUUGAGUGCAGUCCGCUGCAGAUGUGAAUGUUUCGCCUUUUCGUGACCAAAGAUGGGGGCGUGGGUGUGCUGCUCUACGGGAAGGAGCUGGUGAACUCAGAAGGGACUUCAUGGAACUCUGAGUAAGAAGGCAUUAAAAUCUUAACUCAUACAAUA